CCAACAUCACCGGCGCAGUGUGGAUCUUGGGUUGCGCUGCCGAAGGGUUUUUGGUCCACAAUCAAAGGCACAUUAACAUUCUUCAAUGCACGUGGCUCUUGGUGUAGGCAGUCUCUUGAGAUCCCUUGGGAAUAGUAAUACGCCCUUUCUAGGCUGCGUAAAACGCACUGUUCGGUUGCACCAACGCCGGUCUCUUUCCAGACCAGGUAUGUUUCGCACACCUGCCAAUAAUGUCUCUGAGGACGGGCAGUAAAUGGGUGGUCUCGUGCUCACUUUAGAAGCAGUAUCUUGCAGUAGUUUCUUUGUCCCGCAUCAAUCUCUGAUUGCUCAAACCAGACACAGUUUCUCUACAGACUCCCCCAGGAACGCUCCGUCGGUCAGAAUGGGUGACUCCAGUAAGCCUUUAAGAUAUGUCGAUAUUGGGAUCAAUCUCAGCGAUCCCGUUUUCAGAGGCGAAUACCAUGGACGACAAGUCCAUGACAGUGACCUAGACGAUAUUAUCCAGCGUGCUCGGGAUGGCGGCUGUGAGAAGUUUAUGGUCACCGGCUCGGAUCUGGAGGAGUCUCGACGUGCUAUUGAACUUGCUCAGGCCUACCCGGGCUUCUGCUAUGCGACGGUCGGAGUACAUCCCUGUCAGGCAAAACUAUUCGAUGAGUAUCCCGAGGGCGCCGCGAAAAUGCUGGAGGAAGUGAAGACUAUGGCGCUCGAGUCAAAACAGGCCGGACACGCCGUUGCUUUUGGAGAGAUCGGUCUUGACUACGAUCGCUUGUUCCUCAGUCCCAAAGAACCUCAACUCAAAUACUUCGCCGCCCAGUUAGACCUGGCGGUGGAGAUCCAGCUUCCUCUUUUCCUUCAUUCCCGAGCAGCCAGUGAGGAUUUCGAGCAGCUACUAGCGCCUCGACUGGCGAAACUUCCCAAACGGGGUCUGGUACACAGCUUUACGGGCACUUUGGAAGAGAUGAACCGCAUGGUGGCCAUUGGUCUCGACAUCGGGGUCAACGGGUGCAGUUUGAAGACCGAGGAAAACCUAGAAGUGGUGAAAGCCAUUCCGCUUGACCGACUCCAGAUCGAGACAGAUGGACCUUGGUGCGAAAUCCGACCUUCCCACGCAUCGGCCAAAUACUUGAAAGGGGCAACAGCGCUCCCCAAGGCCGUUAAGAAGGAGCGAUGGCAGAAGGGGUGCAUGGUCAAGGGUCGCAACGAGCCUGUGGCAAUCUCCCAUGUCGCCCAUGUCAUCGCCAAAGUCAAGGGCAUCACCGUGGAGGAGGUGUGCGAAGCUGCGUGGAACAACUCUAUUCGAAUGUUCGGACUUGGCGAAGAAGCGUCGUAGAUCGCGUAUAUCUUCCAUGAGCCUGCGACACCGUCUGUCUUUUUUAUUCCGAUCUCUUUUCUUUAUUUAUUCACUUUUGGUUUAGAGCGUAGACAUCAACCACUUGGUUUCUUUCCGAUUUGACUUAUAUAAACACACAUAAAAUCUGUCUUGGACUUGCCCAAGAAAUUCAGCCUUUCUGUUCUCCCACGGAUGCGAUGGGUUUAAUCAAUCGAAAUGACUUGGUCC